AAUGAAAAGAGCCGAAGAUGAGUGGCUUCAUCAGAUUCUGGACGAGAUUCAGCUGGAACAAUUUUUCACCCCAAUAAAAGAUGAAUUGCAAGUAACAAGAUUGGAACAUUUCGACUUUGUUAAAAAUGAAGAUCUCGAAAGAAUCGGAAUGUCUCGUCCCGCAAUAAGGCGUCUUUUAGAUGCUGUAAAACGAAAUAAGAAGCCCAAAUUACUUUCUUUAUUCGAUCGUUUCUUCAUACAAAGUUCAAAGAAUAGGAAGGUGGAUAGAUCUCCUCAACAGCUAUCACUUACUCCAACAUUAACAUGUCUAGUCGACGAAAGGGAUUUAAAGGUAGAAGAUAAACUUGGAGACGGUUCAUUCGGGGUUGUUAGAUUAGGAAUAUGGAAAAGAGGAAAUGAAAGUAUUAAGGUUGCUCUGAAAAUCUUAAAAACAGAGUCUCUCUCCAUUCCCGGUGCUAUUGACGAUUUUGUUAAAGAAGUUAAUGCCAUGCAUGCCCUCGAUCACAAAAAUUUGAUAAAAUUAUAUGGAGUUGCCCUAUCACAACCCCUCAUGAUGAUAACAGAGUUGGCACCGUUGGGAUCGUUAAUUGAUCAGCUGCGAAAAAAUCCUAACAGAUGGAUGAUAAGUGCUCUCUACGAACUGGGCAUUCAAAUAGCAACUGGAAUGGCUUAUUUAGAGUCAAAGAGAUUUAUUCAUAGAGAUUUAGCUGCAAGAAAUGUCCUGCUUGAGUCUUAUAAAACUGCUAAAAUAGGGGAUUUUGGCCUUGUAAGAGCCCUCCCUUCUCAGGAUGAGUAUUAUGUGAUGAGUGCUGAAAGCAAGGUCCCGUUUGCCUGGUGUGCACCAGAGUCCCUUAAAACUAGACAUUUUUCACACGCUUCUGAUUGUUGGAUGUUUGGAGUAACUCUGUGGGAAAUGUUCACACAUGGUAGGGAACCCUGGUUAGGCUUAAAUGGCUCACAAAUAUUACAAAAAGUUGAUGAGCUUAAUGAAAGAUUAGACCAGCCACCUCAUUGCCCAAAUGACUUAUUCGAAUUAAUUAAAAGAUGCUGGGCGCAUUCUCCAGCAGAAAGGCCUACUUUUUCAGCAUUAUGCCACUUGUUAAGGGAAGUUCGACCUCAAGCAAUGAGAACAUUGUCUUCAAACGACGAAGAAGGACAAUUGAAAGCUGAUCCAGGAGACUUACUUACUGUUAUUUGUGGACGAAAUGAUCGUUUCUUUUGGAUCUGCCAGAAUGAGCGAACGGGAGAAAUUGGCAAAGUUCCAAGGCAAAUUCUCUCCUCUGAUAGAAGAGUUGGAAAAGAGGAUAUCUCAAAGCCAUUCCGAGACUCAUUUAUUCAUACUGGCCAUAUGGAUUGUCAGGGAGGAAAGUCUUGGGGCAGUAUUAAAACUAUCGAUCAAAUGUAUCUACAGCCACUAGAUCCGCCAGAUUUAAGAUUUGACGAAGAGGAACUAGGGAAAUCCACUGCAUCGUCUACACUAAAUCAAGUUAAAACGGUAUUAUUACCCGGAACGAAAGCAACGAAGCAGUUCUCUUAUAAACGUUUUAAGGACAACGAUAAACAACUUAUUGACGACUUAACUUCAUCAAUGUCAAAGAAAACGGACGAUUUUGAAAAACCUCUUAUUGAUUUAUCACCAACUAAUCAAAGUAAGUCGGAAUUUUCUUGGGAUGGACCACUUUCAGAGAGAUGUGGCAGUCUACCGACUGCUUUGAGCGAAGUAACUGCACCAGCUGUAAAAGAUCCUUUCGAAAUUGAUCUUAGUAAAUUGAACGGAUCUAAGAAAGCGGAGCCUCUAUACGACCUUCCACCGCUGCCUAACAAAGCUCCUACACCUUCGCAAUAUCCUACUUACUCGAACAUUGACAACUUGCCUACCUACUCGAAUGUUGGCGACAGCGCAGUUAAGUGGUCUGCACCCACUAUUGAACCAUCAAUGCGUAACGGUGUUCAGGCUUCUUACACACACUAUUAUAUUAAAGAUUCAGCUCCAGGAGGACCAGAAUGUCGUCAAACCAAUCCAGGUGACGGCCUAACAAUGCUGCAAGCUCGUGAAGCCGUGAAAAAGGUCUCCAAAUCUGUAGAUGGCGUUAGCGAAGAAGAAGCUCAAGCUGCUCUAUUAGCCUGCAAGUGGAACGAGGAGAGAGCAGUAAGAUAUUUACAAGUCGAAACCUUAUUCCGAUUGGGUAUAGGCUCCAGAGAGAAAUGUGAAGAGUUGUUAAAGAAAUACUCAUGGGAUACUCAGAAAGCUGCUUCCGCUCUACUCGAUUUAGCAAGCACUGGAAGCACUGUUUAA